UGGUUAGAAGAGUUUUUUUGUUUUCGUACCUAAUAUGGAAAGCUUUCUUGUUGAUAAUCUUGAAAAAUUCGACACCUCUGAAACUUUGAAAGACUGGGAUGGAGAUUUUAGAGCGUACAUGGACGCCAAAGAAGACAAGUUGAGGGUCCAGUUUCAUAAAGAAUUUGAAAAUACGGAAACUUGUAAGGUGUUUUCUGGAGUGACCAUAUGGGUUGACGGUGAAACCUCACCUAGCCGAGAAGAAUUGAGACAGCUCAUGGGUUUAGGAGGCGGCAACUUUGAAACGUAUUUUUCUCGUCAUCUCGUAACGCAUAUUGUCGCAGAAAAUUUAUCCGCGUCCAAGAUAAAAGAAUUGAAGAAAUAUCGUCUCCACUCCAUUUGUGUAGUAAGACCACAGUGGGUUGUUGAUUCCUUCGUCAACAAAAAGAUUCAGCCAGUGGCUAGAUAUUUGACGCCGGGAAUAUUGGAUGACCAUCAAAAGCAGCUGCAAACGACAAACGAGCAGUUGAACAAUAGUUUAGUGGAAACUGACAUAGUUCACGGUACGAAACCGGAUAGGACUUUAUACUACAGACGAACUGCAUCUCAUUCGACCAAUGAGAACCCCAACUUUGUACGAGACUUUUUUGCACAGUCAAGACUGCAUUUUAUUGGUUCUUUUCGUGCCAGAUACGAAAAAAUAUUAGCCAGAAUGGUUGCCGAAGAAGGCACAUUAUGCAAACUGCCUUAUGAUAGAUCGAAAACUAGCGAACGAGUUAUCUUUCAUGUGGAUAUGGAUUGCUUCUUUGCUGCUGUUUCACUAGCAAAAACGCCUAGUCUAAGAAAUCAACCCAUCGCUGUAUGUCAUGCUCGUCAAAAUUCAGAAAUUGUGGACUCGUCGUGUGAAAUAUCGAGUGCGAACUACGAAGCAAGAGCAUUUGGAAUUCAUGCAGGCAUGUUUGUUGGAGAAGCUCGAAAACUGGCACCUUCACUAAUAACGGUUCCUUAUGAUUUCGAAGCAUAUGAGAAAACAUCUGAACUUAUUUACCGAAAGUUUUUGGAAUACGCCGAAAGAGUAGAAGCUGUUUCUGUAGAUGAAGCUUAUUUAGAAAUGACAGGUAUUGUGCUUCCCGUCAGGAUGAAAGAUAAGGAAAUCCGCAAUAUCGAGGAUUUGGCGAUGGAAUUGCGUCUAGAAAUUGAGAGAAUUUCCGGAUGCACUGCUUCCAUAGGAAUUGGUUCAAAUAAGACAUUGGCUAGAUUAGCGACCAAAAAAGCAAAACCUAAUGGACAAUUUGCAAUAUGGUCUCACCAAGCCAUGGAAAAGUUAUCUUUGUUACCAGUAGAAGAACUUCCUGGUGUAGGCUGGAUGACCCGUCGUCGUUUGCACUCGAUGAAUAUAUUUAUUUGUCAACAGCUGCGUGAGCUUUCUUUGGAAAGAUUGGAAAAGGAGUUUGGAAAACAAACUGCUCUAUCAAUUUUUGAAACAUGUAGAGGAAAGGACGAAAGACCUUUAGAACUUUACCGUCCUCCAAAAUCCAUAGGAGCAGAAGUUAACUGGGGAGUUCGUUUUGAGAAUAAUUUACAAAGGAGUCGAGAAAUGCAAAAAAUUCAUAUUGGAUAUCGGUUUGUAAUAAUGCUUUGUUGUUUUUAUGAUGGAAUCUCAGUGAAUACCAUGCCAGUUGAUGUUGUUUGUGAAAGAUUGAAAGCUGCGGAUGCCAAGGCUACGAAAUUAACGUACAAGGUUCUGAGAAAACAAAGAAAUGCUCCACCUCCAAGAAAAUAUUUGGGUUGUGGCUUAGUAGAUGAGUUUUCAAAGUCUACUUCGUUUCCCAUCAGUGACUCGGCUUUGGAAAUCGGUCCUCGUUGUUUAACGUUACACGAGUCAUUGAAUAUUCCUUUGGAUGAGUUACGUGGAGUUGGUAUCCACUGUUUUGGACUCGAGUUUAGCAGUCAUCAUCACAAGCGACACAAUAGUGGCAUAACAUUAUCAAAAUAUUUCCAGCUUGAUAGGAAUCCACAACAGUUGCGUAUAGAUGGUUGUUUAAAAAUGAGUCGAAUGCCUUCCAAACAGAAUAUUAUGGGAAAAACCAUGUAUCAUGAAAAGUCAAAUGACAUACGAGUAUCUCCAAAUAACAAACGAAGCAAUCAUUCAUUGGAUGAAUUAAUCACCAAGAAUGGUUGGAGUCGUGAAGUAUUUGUGGAACUUCCGAAUGAAAUUCAACAGGAAUUGCUAAAGGAUGCUCAAUCAUGUAAUCAACGUGUUUUUUGGGGAAAUUCUUCAGCAAUGUCUUCCUUUGGUGUUUCGAAAAGAGCACGCAGCAAAUGUAACAAAACAAAUCCAUCUUUUUUGCAGCCUACUUUGACUCAGUUGGAUGAUAUUUAUCAGGCCAAGGAUCAAGGCUUGUCUCAACUUGUUGUUGCAGAAGAAUUUCAGACUCGAUCCAUUCGCGAAUGUUUGGAAAUUUUACAAGAUGUGGAACAUGCGAAGAAACCAAAAAUUCAUAUUCCUUUAGAAUAUUCGAAUAUGGUGAAUUCUGUUCGUCAGGAACAAGAGACUUGGUAUCAGAGUCUACAUAAUUUAAUGAAUGACCCUUUUGUAGAGUUAUCAAAGCAUCUUCGAAUAUGGAUAACGCAGAUACAGUCGUUUCAACCUGAUUUGCGAAGAAAACAUCAAGAAGCACUUUUUGCUUCUGUCCUUCAUGAAGUAGAGAAUGGACGUCUGUAUCAAGUUCAAGGUAUAAAACAACAUAUUUUAUAGAUUGAAUGUCAUUUUGAAGAAG